CGCCAAGGAGCACUCCCGAGCUCCGCAACAUGGCCGCAGCUCCACCUCUCCACAACUGACAGAAGCUCACCCCGCCAUGCGCGCGAGCUGUCUUCCUCUACACCCCAACGACGCAUAGCCAGGCCGCGAGCCUACGAGAGUACAAUGGCGGCGUCCGACGAACAGCCUGCCAGGGAGGACCCCUCGAACCCUGAGCUCGACGUCAAGAAGCUCCACGCGCUGCCCACCGAACAGCAAGACCUCUACCUCCUGACCUUCACGUCUGAUCUCGCGCGCCAUGUCGACGCUCUCGACGCCGACGGCGCUUCGGCGCAUCAGAUCUACAUCAAGAAAGAGUUGUUCCAAGUCAUCAAUCUGGCCUCCCCCGCGCCCACGCGAGUAAUCCGAAACAACCUGGGACGCGCCUUCGCUGGCAUCUUCGGCAAGGGAGACCGCAAGCUGCUCUUCGAAUCGAUCAACGAGUGCAACAGUAUACUCAAUGGCGCCGGCAAGAGCGAGAGGGAUGUCAGAGCAAAGCACGCAGCGGCGCAUUGCUUGGGCUGCAUAUUCGAGGCUGCGGGAGACAGCGCCCAGAAUCUGGCGCCUGUGGCUGUCAUGUCUCUGCUGCGCCUUAUCAAGUUUGCGCAGAACUACACCGGCCUCCGAGCCACUAUCUUCAAGACAGUCGGCAGGAUCUUCAAGGGCACUACUCCUUCGGCGGAGGAGAGCGUUGCGCGAGAUGCGUGGAAGCAGGCUCGGAACGCUGCUACUGGAGACAAGUCGCUUCUUGUACAGUCGAGUGCAUGUCUUUGCCUCGAGCAGCUCGUCAGGUACACCUCUCUUUUCGACAACGCGACGGAUUUCGACAAGCUUCAGACGGCGGUGUGGAAGACCAUCGACAGCAGCUCAGCUACACUUCGACAUGCCGCAGCGUCGGCCGUCGCUGCUGCGCUGGUCAAGAACUACUCCGAGACAGCCACUACAGAGGACCCGAUCAUGGGCAUAACACGAGUGGGCACCGGCACUACGAAGAAAAAGAACAAACGCAUGUCUACUAUUGACGGCGGUGACGACGAUAUCAUGGACCGUCCCGAUUCACCCGCGCCGAAGAAGUCGGCCGCGAGAAUCACAUUCACAAUUCAAGCUAUUCUCAAGCUUCUGUCGGCACACUACUGCCGGGGUUCCACGAGUCAUCGCGCGAGGGCCGGUAUCGCUGUGUGUUACAUGAAGGUGAUGCGUGGCCUUGGCGAGCAGAUUGUUGAGUCGAAGUACAACGAUAUUGCACGCAGUCUGUUCACCGACAUUCUCAGCAACCACGUCAUCACGCAGAAUCGAUACCGCACGCUCAGCGCUCGCAAGUAUGUGGCGGUGAUUCUCGAGACGGUCGUUGCCCGCGAGAUGCUCGGCGAGUCUGGGCAACUCAACGCGGCGAGAUUUCUCGUCAACGAUAUCUUGAAGGACUAUCCACAGAGCAUAAAGGAGCGACCAGAGCCGUCGAAGCAGACACUCAUCGGAGCACUCAGCACCCUGUCAGCACUCUUCGACAGCCUAGGGUCUGCUUCAAACGUCAUCGCCGACUCUUCUCGCGAUGCGCUCAUUCAGGUCCUGCAGCAUCCAAGCUACAGCGUCCAGGUGCAUGCGUCGUCUUGUCUGCGGUCUUUUGUGCUUGCAUGCCCGCUCCAGCUCCUUCCGUCGGUCACGAUAUGCAUGAACAGCGUCAAUCGCGAGCUCGGCCUGCUUGGCACUGGUCGACAGUCGCCGAGGAAGUGCGUCGGUCUUGCAAAUGGUCUCUCCGCGGUGCUGAGCACGUCGACAUCCCAGCCUCUGCACGGUUCUGUGGACGUGAACUCACGCGUUUUGUCGCAGGCUACGACACUGCUCAAGUCAGCAGGUAACUCGGACGUAAGAAUCUCCGCGACUCAGGUGCAGGUUGCGUGGAUCCUGAUCGGAGGGCUGAUGACUCUUGGGCCGAACUUCGUCAAGAUCCAUUUGUCUCAACUGCUUUUGCUAUGGAAGAAUGCGCUGCCAAAGCCGCUCAACAAGGACAACAUGGUGCAGAGGAAUGUGUUCGAGCUCAGCUAUCUAUCACACGUUCGAGAGUGCGCUCUGGGCUCGAUCUCGACGUUCCUGGAGUUCAACAGCAGGCUCUUGACACUGGAUGUCACGAAACGCCUAGCUUCUAUGCUCCAGAACACGACCAUGUUCCUGAACACAUUGCCGGCGAAGAAGACUACAGACGACGUCGCACAGCGGUUGUCUCCUGCGCUUCAGCUGCAUGACUUUGAUCUGAUGGUCAGGAGACGAGUGCUGCAGUGCUACACCAAGCUCGUAGAUCUCACACCGGCAAGCAGCAAUGAGGUCUUGCUGCAGACGAACCUGCUCUCUUUUGCGGUUGGUAACUUCGCCGACCCCGAUAACUACACUACCAGUUCUUUCAGUACAGCCAUCGCAAGUGCUGCAGGCUCGUUCGAGAGCAUCUGGGAGGUGACUGACAAUCACGGCUUUGGUGUCACCGGUCUGGUGCGCGGCUUUGACAUCAAACCUCUGUCCGGAGAGCACGAUAGCAGUACCAGCCAUCACUGGCUAGUGAGACACGGUCCGGAGGCCAUCGUUGAUCGAACGCUCCUCUCGCCAAUUUGCGGCGCAAUCGAGCACGAUUCGAUCACUCUGUACAACAACCAAUCGCACGUCAGCUCUGGACUCCCAGAUCCACCAGCCACCGAGGUCGUGAACUCGGCGCUGCAGUUGUUCGCAAUCUGUCUGCCUCUGCAGACGCCAAAGAUUCAGGAGAGUAUCCUGGAGCAGAUAACGUCGUUCUUGUCAGCUGGUAGUCUUCAACGUGAUAUCCACAGGAAGACUGCCAUGAUGGUCAACAUCGCGUACGGACUUCUGUCUGCACUCAAGGUGGCUGUAAAAGAAACGCGCUCUAGUUCUGGUAGUCUGAAGGGACCGGCAGUGGAGAAGGUUAUGCAGGAACUUCUGCAUGUCUUUGUUAUUCUGCCUGACCCUUUCGUGCGUAGGCUGGCCGGAGAGGCACUGGGUCGACUUUGCAGCAGCUCAGGCAAUGCUCUGACUGGCAACGAGGUCAACUACCUUGUCGAUCAGAUUGUUGCAAACCGCGAGCCGUUUGCUCGUUCCGGUUAUGCAUAUGCGCUGGGCUGCAUUCUGUCUCAACUUGGUGGCAUGGCUGCCAGUUACCAUCUGAAGAACAUCCUCGGCAUAUUGAUGUCCCUGGGCAAUGAUCCCCAUCCCGUCGUGCACUUCACGGCCAUCGACAGUCUGUCACGCGUGGCAGACUCCGCUGGCCUGUCGUUCUCAAGUCACGUCACGGGCACACUUGGCAUGCUCGCACAGCUGUACGCUGCGGACUCACAUAACGAGGAGUCUGCAUCGCUGGCGUCCUCUAAUAUUGAGAUCGACCUGCCAACCCCAGCCACUAUCGCACGAUGCAUAGACAGCACAAUUAACGUGCUUGGCCCUGACCUGCAAGAGAUGGCCAAAGCAAGGGACAUGAUCAUGACGCUGAUCGGGAUGUUCCAGAAAGAGCCCGACGAAUUGCUGCGAAUCGAGGCCCUUCGCUGUCAAGAACACGUAUCGCUAUACGCCCCAGGCCACAUGCGUUUCGUAGACUACGUGAAGCACCUGCAAACAUCACUCGACAGCCCGUCCACGCAGAUCCGGGACAUGGCCAUUGACGGUCUGCACAACCUCAUGAGGCGCAAUACUGAGGAGAUCAUCCGCACAGGUGAUCCUGGAUUGGAGGAUGCACUCUGGCACGUCCUCGACCGGCAGCCAGAUCACGAGGUCGUUCGCAACAUACUGCGCAACUGGCUUCACCAGACCGGUCUCACUGACACCGCGGCGUGGGUACAGCGUUGCCACUCAGUACUUACGAAGACAAAGAAGGUCGAGACACAAGAAGUGAUUGAGGUCAAACCAAAGGCUGGCGCAGCAGACCUGCAAGAUGAAGAGGUUGCUGGUUUCGCUGCAGCUGCGAACGCACCAGGCGCUGAGGUCGGUCAGGGUGGGCAAACUAGUCAAGAGCUACUCAAGUGGCAGGUGCGCACCAUCGGCAUGGAUCUCUUGAGCGAGUUGGUGGCUAUGGUGAGCAAGGAGGCUGCCUUCCGAGAAGAGUCACCGUGCGUCCUCGCUCUGCAGCACCGAGUUGCUGACGUUGUGCGCAUUGCCUUCUCAGCGUCUACUGCUGGCGUUGUGCAACUUCGUAUCCGUGGUUUGAAGAUCAUCGACCAGGUUUUGAAGCUGUUCGGCAAGACGCCAGAUCCUGACUUUGCGGAAGUCACGCUCCUUGAACAGUACCAAGCGCAGAUUGGAUCGGCACUGACCCCAGCCUUCGCAGCAGACUCGUCCCCCGAGCUCGCAGCGGAGGCUAUCAAUGUUUGUGCGACGUUCAUCGCGACAGGGAUUGUCACGGAUGUUGACCGGAUGGGCCGUAUCCUCAAGCUUCUCAUCACAGCGCUUGAGAACUUUUCGAGUGAAACUGAGACUGCAGCCAUUGGCGACCUGAGAGGUCUUAGCUCGAACGCGGCAGUCAUGGUGAAGAUGUCUGUGUUCUCGGCGUGGGCAGAGCUUCAGAUCGCCAGCGCCGAACAAACGUAUCUGACGGACGUACUGAGACCGCACAUUGCUAGACUCACGCCUCUUUGGCUGGCGUCACUGCGAGAGUACGCUCGACUACGAUUCGAACCUGACAUUUCCUCAUCAAUGGGAUCAGUCUCACUGUCAGGCAGUCUCGACACCAUAUACGCUGCACUCAAUCGCGAGACUCUCCUCAAGUUUUAUCAGGAGGCUUGGCUCAAUCUUGUAGAUGCCAUCGCCAGCUUGAUCGACGAAGACAGCGGAUUUGUCUUCGACGCACUAGAUGGCAAGACAGAGUUUUCGGAGACAGAAACGCCUGCAAAAGCAGACCACAUUAACUACCGGGACGAGCCCGUAGCUUUCUUCUUUGUGCUGUUCGGUCUUGCAUUUGAGGCACUGGCCGGACGCCCCGGUGAUCUGCAGGCGUCGAAGGAGCAGAUUCUGGAGAUCCUCCAGGCCUUGAAGAAGAUCUUGCGGCCAUCGGUAUCUGGGCAAGCCAUCUAUCAGGAAGUCAUCUUCUCCGAGACGAUGGACAUGCUGGAUCGUCUCGUGCUCACUGAAGGUCUGACUGUACAGACAGUGAUCGUGGAGAUCGCCAGGAACCUGUGUCUUGGGCAUCCAUCCGCCCGGAGUGACAGAGGCGUCCCGGUCGAUGACCAUCUCUCGGAGGAUAUUGACCAGUUGUUCGAGCUGACAAAGAUCAUGGUCCUCGUGCUGUCUGGCUUAGUCCCUGGUCUGGAAGAUGGCAGUUCGAAGGCCCGCCAUGAACUGAACGAGGAAGCCGUGGCUCUUCUGACAACCGCGUUGUCUGCACUGGUUGAUGCCGCUCAGGUGUUCCCUGCUAUCAUCAAGGCUGACCUGCAUGCAUGCAUACUGCACAUCUUUGCAACGAUCUUUGCUACCGGAGCCUGCCAGGCAACGGUCGUACCGAAGUCACUGCCGAUCUUCAAGCGCUUCAUUACCAGCCUCACUCGUGACGCCGAAGCUACCGACGACACUAGCAAGCAACUGCGUGCAACACUGACACGCUUCCUGACCAUCAUGAGGCAUGCCCAGCAGCGAGAGUUUGACGCUGCGUUGGCCUGCGAAAAGAACAUCAUCUUCGCAACCACAAUCCUCGUCAGCUCUGCGGCGUCAGCCUUUGCACCGAAUGACCCGCUCAUCAAACUGUUCAUCGACAAUCUCUUUGACUGUCUCGGCACCGUCACCACCUCCAAGGUCGCCGUCGGCUGCUGCCGUUCCCUGCUUCUGCUCCCCAAGAAGAGCGCCGUGGAGACCAGCAUCGCCGCCCUCAUCCUCCCGCAAAUCCUCUCCUUCCUCGCCAACCCCUCCGACGUAGAAGGCCUCCACGAGUCGCGCACCCUCCUCGCCCAGACCCUGAUCACCUUCAUCUCAACCCUCCCCAAGCCCGAGCAGCGCCAGCUCGCCGCGAAAAUCAUCAUCCCCGCGCUCCUCGUGCGCGUCCAGCACGACGAAUCCACAAGCCAGGAAACAGCAGCCCGGCUCAUGGAGCUCGCACAAACUGACCAGCAGGCGUUCAGGGCCGUGGUCGCCGGCUUGAGUCCAGAGCACAGGGACUUCUUGCAGGGCGUGCUGCAGAGCGGACAAGGGCCGGUCAAGGAAGCGCGGAAGGAGGACGAUGGCGAGCCGACGAUUGCACUGAAGAUGAAUUUUGGGUCGUAGUAGUGGGGUGCGGGAUAGAUAGCGUGUUGUUUGAAUAUACCCUGUUCUAUGCGUUUGCAUCACGUGGUUCUGUGUUUGCUUAGGUAUAAAGUGUGCACUGUCGCUUGGGAGAUGUCAGUUGCUGUAUUCUACUUCUUCUCGC